AUGGCCGUGUUGUACCUCUUUCGCGAACCGGAAACGGUCUUCGAUUGUGCCGCCUUCAUUUGUGGGGUGCAGUUCACGAUGGGAUGCAGCGGGCACGGACCGCACUUCAAUAUCAGACGGUGGAUGAGGGUUUACUCCCUGGCAGUGGCCAUAAUGGUAUUAACGGGUCUCUUCAGCUCCCUGAGCGCCCUUCUGGCCGUUGAGGAUGUAAAAGAACGUCUGAUGAAAGCCGAUAGUCUGGUCCUGGGCAUUGCAGUCCUGGAAUUGGUCAUGUCCACUUUCGUUUUUGUGGCCACUGUGAUUUCCCUGCAAAUAUCGGCACACCGCCAUUUGGGAAUCUAUCUAAGAUUGGCUGCCUUGGACUGCAGGCUGAUUGGAGACUUUGGAGCCAAUCUCAAUUACAGAAAGAUGCUGAGAAAGAACAUAGUAAUGCUGGCUGUGGUCACAUCUAUCUAUUUGGUGGCCAUCAAUUGUGCUGCCAUCCAGGUGGCCAGUGGUGACCGAGCUCUUUUCCUGCUAUGUGCCUUCUGCUAUGCGAUUGUCACAGGAGGACCACAUUUCACGGGAUAUGUGCACAUGAAUCUGGCCGAAAUGCUGGGCAUCCGUUUCCGGUUGCUGCAGCAGCUGCUCAGCCCGAAGUUUCUGGAAUGGCGAUUUCCGCAGGUGCAAGUUCGAGAAUUGCGUAUACGCCAGGUGGUGUCUAUGGUACAGGAGCUGCACUACCUCGUCCAGGAAAUCAACAGGGUGUAUGCCUUCAGUCUUUGGUCAGCCAUAGCCCACGAUCUAGCCAUGAGCACCAGUGAGCUGUACAUUCUGUUUGGCCAGUCCGUGGGAAUCGGAGGAGGCGCACCUGACCAGCAGGAAGAGGAUGGGGAGGAUCAGAUGAGCAGAUAUCGAAUGCUAGGAUACGUGGCUCUCUGCAUGAUUCCGCCGCUCUACAAGCUUUUGAUUGCACCCUUCUACUGCGAUCGCACAAUUUCCGACGCUCGAAAGUGUCUUCGACUCGCCGAGCAGAUGGACAACUGCUUCCCCCAGUCGACCUCGCUGCGACCCCUGGUCAAAUCCUUGAUGUCCUGGCAGUUGCAGGCCAAGAUCGAGUUCACCAGUGGCCUCGGGGUCGUCCUCAACCGUCGGGUCAUCGGACUGUUCACUACAAUUCUGGUCAACUAUCUCCUUAUCCUCAUCCAGUUCGCCAUGACCCAGAAGAUGGGUGAACAAAUCGAACAGCAGAAGAUUGCCCUGCAGGAGUGGAUUGGAAACUAA